AUGCCGUUCGCGGUGGAGCACCGGAGAGCGUUGAAACGCAUCCCGCCGUGGAUGUUUGACGAAUACGUCCGCGCAGACGAAUGUCCGAGGUUUCAUUACGGCCUAGGCGUCACCCUGCAACAGUUCCUUGCCUACGGUCUCGACAAUCAAAUGAUCACUUCUGCGGAUAUACAAGAUAACAUGGCCGUCGCCUACUGCGUGCAAUGCAUUGUUAAUAAUCUCUCGAUACUCUGCAAAGUCAGACUGCGCUAUGAACUGGUCUCGCACUUUCAUUACACCCGAGUGGUCGCCCUGUAUUCGAAUUUCGACAAACGCGACCGGCAGCUAUCGCCGGCCGAGGAAGACAGAGUUGUUGGGUUCAUCAAGACCCAGCUUAAUCUCUCACCCGAUUUGCAGCCUAUUUGGUACUGGGAUAUCCAGUCUUCCCCCUCGGUGACGACGACUAGGCUUCCUCCAAUCCCCAUCGCUGUUACGUUACACAUGACGAUUAUGAAGACUAACGACGAAGAUCAAACCGCGGAAUUCGAGCCUGUAGACGAGGCACUGAAAGCCAAGUAUGGGCCAUAUCAGGGAAGACGGCUCAAAGGGCGGCGCAAGUAG